AUGAUUCAACGAAUAUUAGAAAUGGUCGGGCUCACUGCUGACCAAGUCAAAACUCACGACAGUCCAGCUUCCAGUGCAAACAUAUUAGACAAGGACCCAGACGGUAAGGCUCAUGAUUAUCCGUGGAACUACAGAUCGGUGGUUGGCAGCCUUAGUUAUUUACAGGCCAUGAUUCGCCCGGAUCUCACGAUGGCAGUGCAACAGUGUGCUCGAUUUUGCAAUGAUCCAAAAGAGUCUCAUGGUACUGCAGUCAAAAGAAUCUGCAGGUACUUGCAUUCGACACAACAUCAAGGGCUUCGAUUCAAGCCAGAUCCUACGAAAGGGUUGGAAUGUUAUGUCGAUGCGGAUUGGGCCGGCUCUUGGCAAGACCGCACAUCAACUGAUCCUUUGUCUGCAAGAUCUCGAACAGGAUACAUCAUUACCUACGCUGGAUGUCCCAUUAUUUGGGCAUCAAAGCUUCAAACAUUGGUUGCAUUAUCUGCAUUAUCUACGUCUCUACGUGAAGUCAUUGCUGUUAUGAAUCUGGUAAAUGAAUUACGUUCGUUGGGUUUCAACUUAUCUAUGGAUACCCCAAAGGUUGUAUGCACUGUUUUUGAAGAUAAUCGCAGCUGCCUCGAGAUUGCAACAAAUCACCGAACAAGACCAAGGACUAAGCACUUGUCUGUCCGACUGCAUCAUUUUCGUUCUCACAUAUUGGCGAAAACCAUAAUCAUCAAGCAUGUCUCUACAAAAGAGCAGAUGGCCGAUAUUUUCACCAAACCACUUCCUAAAGAUCAAUUCAUCAGACUUCGCAAUCGUUUCAUGGGUUGGGACUCUCUUGGCGAGAGGGAGUGA